AUGGAGACGUCCCCGUCGUCGCUGAACUACCUCCGGGCUGUGCAGCAGCUGCAGAAGAAGACUGAAGAGUUGGAGCGCGUCUUUGAUGAGGCGCGCCGACUAGAGCGCGAGAGGACGGCUCUCGCAGAGGAAAACGCGACUCUCACAAAAGAGAAGGCCGCGCUCGCGCAGGAGGUGGCGCAGCUUGAGGCACAGGACCGCGAGUGGCGUGCCCAGUUCGCCGUGCUGGAGGAGCAGGUGAAGAAGCAGCAGCGGCACCUGCAGGAGCACAUCGAGCGCGAGCUGAACCGCGCGCAGGCGGGC